GAUCGCAUACCAAAGAUCCCCUCUCUCUCUUUCUCCCCCCGCUGGGGAAGCGCGACGUUUCCAGAACGAAGGAAGCCGAGUCCGCUGUCCAAACAAGCACGCACCUGACAGAAGCUGCAGGAGAGGAGGCAGCGAGUGCGAUCUCUCCCAACGCUUUGUCACUCCAGAAGCUAUUUGGCCAUGGUGAAGAAGCAUGUCCCCGACUGGCUCAACAGCUCCCUCUGGUCCUCUUCCUCUCCCUCUCCCUCUCCCUCUCCCUCUCCCUCCCACGACGACGAUGGCCUCCACCGCUACGCUUCCAAAUCUCUCACCACCGCCGCCCCCGCCACUGCCGAUUCCAUCUCUACCAGAAACCUCGCCGGAGCCGACGAAUCCCUGUUGGAACCGCCGGCCCCGCAACCCCCUCCGGUAACUGCCAGGGAAGUGCCUCGGAAGUCAGAACCCGAUGCCUCGCGCAACAGCGAUAAUGGGAGCUCCUCCAGUUCGCCCUCCGCGGAGGACGUCUCUCGCCAGGCACAGCUCUUGGCCGAGCUGUCCAGAAAGGUGAUAAAUACGCGUGAAUUGCGGAAAAUAGCCUCACAGGGUAUACCGGAUGGUGCUGGGAUUCGUUCAACCGUGUGGAAGCUGUUAUUGGGGUAUCUUCCUAGUGAUCGUGCGCUUUGGUCAUCUGAAUUAGCUAAGAAGAGGUCGCAAUACAAACAUUUUAAAGAGGACCUUUUGAUGAAUCCUUCAGAAAUCACAAGGAGGUUGGAAAAAUGUGUGAAUUUUGAAAAUGAUGAAUCAAAAUCAGAAAGCAGUGGCUUGCUUUCAAGAUCAGAAAUAACUCAUGGAGAGCAUCCUUUGAGCCUUGGGAAGACCAGCGUCUGGAAUCAGUUCUUCCAGGACACAGAAAUCAUAGAGCAAAUUGAUCGAGAUGUGAAGCGCACCCAUCCAGACAUGCACUUUUUCUCUGAGGACUCUGCAUUUGCAAAAUCUAAUCAGGAAGCUUUAAGGAACAUUCUGAUGGUGUUUGCAAAGUUGAAUCCGGGUAUAAGAUAUGUGCAAGGGAUGAACGAAAUUCUAGCACCUCUAUUCUAUGUGUUCAGAAACGAUCCUGAAGAAGAUAAUGCGGUGAGUGCCUCUGCAGAAGCAGAUACAUUCUUUUGUUUUGUUGAAUUAUUGAGCGGAUUCCGGGAUCAUUUCUGUCAGCAACUUGAUAACAGUGUUGUGGGAAUCCGUUCUACUAUUACAAAAUUGGCGCAGCUAUUGAAGGAGCAUGAUGAGGAGCUUUGGCGUCAUCUUGAGGUUACAACCAAAGUCAAUCCCCAGUUCUAUGCAUUUAGAUGGAUAACCCUGCUGUUGACUCAGGAGUUUAACUUUGCAGACAGCCUUCAUAUUUGGGACGUACUUCUAAGUGACCCUGAAGGCCCUCAAGAAACCCUUCUUCGGAUAUGUUGUGCAAUGCUGAUUCUAAUUCGGAGACGUUUACUGGCGGGUGAUUUCACUUCUAAUCUCAAGCUUCUCCAAAACUAUCCGCCAACUAACAUUAGUCAUCUACUUUAUGUUGCCAACAAAUUGCGCACCCAUGGAACUGCCUAAUCUCCCCGACUAGGCUUAUAUGUUACAUCUUCAUGUCAUAUUGCAUUAUUCUUGUAUUCUGAAAAAUUAAUUUUUGUAAAAUCAAGUGGAUGUGAAAAUUGGGUUUAAGAGCUCUUAACUUGCGGAAAGAAUAUCCUGUUUGGUUU